AUGUCAGUCGAUGUGAUCGGCAAAUCUUGCUCUCUAGACUUUUACGGUGCUGAUUGCACCCAACAUUGCUCAAACGAAGCAACAUGUAGCGGACACGGAUAUUGCCAAGGAGAUGGCAGUUGUCAAUGCUUCCAAGGCUGGGCUGGCACAAAUUGCGAUGUCGAAAAAACUUUGUAUCAACACGAAUGCUCGACGGACUCGGAGUGUCAGGCAGCGAUCAGCGUUAACUCUACUUGCACACAGAAGGGAAUCUGUGAAUGUACAUCACACUCAGCAGGUCCCACGUGUUUGUCUUGUGCGACAGAUCUGUAUGGGCUGCAUUGCGAUCGAUAUUGCUCAAACGAAGCAACAUGUAACGGGAACGGGAUCUGUCAAGGGGACGGGAGCUGCAAAUGCUUCCAAGGCUGGGCUGGCACAAAUUGCGAUGUCGAAAAAACUUUGUAUCAACACGAAUGCUCGACGGACUCGGAGUGUCAGGCAGCGAUCAGCGUUAACUCUACUUGCACACAGAAGGGAAUCUGUGAAUGUACAUCACACUCAGCAGGUCCCACGUGUUUGUCUUGUGCGACAGAUCUGUAUGGGCUGCAUUGCGAUCGAUAUUGCUCAAACAAAGAAACAUGUAACGGGAACGGGAUCUGUCAAGGGGACGGGAGCUGCAAAUGCUUCCAAGGCUGGGCUGGGGAAUGUUCGACGUAUUGCCAGGCCGAAGUGACUUGCUAUGGUCAUGGGACGUGCGGGGGAGACGGUAGGUGCCAGUGCUACAACGGAUGGGGAGGGGAGAGGUGCAACCAGACAGAUGUGCUUCCUGUUGGGAGCGCACUUGUACAGCGGGGUUCUUCCUCAGCAAUUGUGGCUUCGGACGGGGCGGCGAGUGUACGCCCUGCUCCUCCUGUUCUGCCUCUCAAUAUGCAGCGACAGACUGUACCGAGAGGAGCGACACAGUCUGCAUGA